AUGUUGCGCUGGGUCUACCCCGUUCGAAUCAUCCAGGCGAUCUUCGCCCUGGCCGUUAUUGGUCUAACAGCAUAUGUCGUUGCCACGAUCCCCUUCUCGAAUGUGAUCUAUUUCAUGCUCUUCAAUGGCUGCUGGACCGCUGCCAUCGCUGUACCAUACCUCGGCCUCGCCCCCGUCUUCAGCCCCACCGUCUCCCACGAGCUCGUGAUCCCUGGCAUGGAAAUUAUUACCAGCUGUCUUUGGCUGGCCAGCUGGAUCGCAGUAGCAGUCCUGAUUCCUAAGCCCAGCGAAUGCCACAUGUCCAGUUGCCAUAGUGCCCAGGCUGUGAUCGUCCUCGCUGCUGUGGAGUGGGCCCUGUUCAUUUUCACCAACUACUUCGCGAUCUUGGAUCUCAGGAACUCGCGUAACAACCGCCACAAGCGCGCCCAGAACGAGGCUACCCAGCGCGAGACCACCCAGGUCGAAGCUGCAGACGCCUCCCAGACCGUCUAA